AUGAUCGAUUCAUCGUACUACGGCCAGUCAGGCCCGUCGGUGGGCUUCAGACUCCCGCCGUCUUCUUUCUUCCAAUUGCCCGGCUCGCUGCCAAUGAGCCUUGCGCCUCCAGUGAAUGAGCGCUCCCUCUCGCAGCCAUUCCAGAUUUCACCAGACCUCUACGCGAAACUCCUCGAUUACCGAGUACCACUCACAAUUGGAAGCGUCUACGCGACCACCGUUAUUCUCCUCAACCGAGUCAACAAGUCUCGCGGAUACAAGCCCUGGGCCAUUAGCAAGACCAGUUGGUUCAAACUCCUGGUUAUCUUGCACAAUGUCUUUCUCGCAGUCUACUCCGCAUGGACAUGCGUGGGUACGUGGCGGACAAUGCGCAGCACAAUCCCUCGCUUUAACAACGAAUUUGGUGCCGCUGGUGUCAUCGAUGGUUUCUGCAGGGUUGCCGGUCCUCGUGGUCUGGGAAAUGGUGCCUCGUACAAUUCAACAAGUGACCAGUGGUUCAUGCCUAAUCCUGAAUAUAAAUUAGCCGACAAUGGUCUCCCAGAUCCCACUGAUGUGGGACGUUUGUGGAAUCAAGGUCUUGCCUAUUACGGGUGGAUCUUCUAUUUGUCCAAGUUCUACGAAGUUAUCGACACCGCAAUCAUCUUAGCCAAGGGCAAGAGGAGCUCCACACUGCAAACCUACCACCACACCGGUGCCAUGCUGUGCAUGUGGGCGGGUAUUCGCUACAUGGGACAACCGAUCUGGAUCUUCGUUUUGGUCAAUUCGUUUAUCCAUGCGAUGAUGUACAGUUAUUACACACUCACCGCGCUGCACAUCCGUGUCCCCAACGCAAUCAAGCGUUCACUCACGACAAUGCAGAUCACGCAGUUUGUCUUUGGCACAUUCUCCGCCAGCUCAUACAUGUUUGUGCGAUACACGAUCCCUGUUACCGCCUCUCAGUCUGUGUUCUGGGACCAUGUCACCAAGUCGAUCCCGGCUGCUGCAUCGGCUGCCGAAUCUGGAAUUGCCGCUGCUACUGCUUCCGCAGGUCUGGUUCCAUGGUUAAAGAAAAUCGCAUUCCGUGCUGCCGGUGCUGAAGGCAUUGCCGAGAACGUGCUCAAUGCCCAGGGACAGCAUUUUGGUGCAGAUGCUCUGAAUGCUGCACGGUUCUCCCAGACACAGCAAGAACGACUGUCUGAAAAUGCCGUUUUCUACAAAUCCAUUGACUGUGUGGACAACAGUGGUCAAGCGUUUGCCAUCUGGUUGAACGUCUUGUAUCUCCUCCCGCUAACCUAUCUUUUCGCCCGCUUCUUUGUCAAGUCCUACCUUCGCCGCAUGGAGCCUGUUGAGAGACAAAAGCCUUCGACCCAAAUCCAACAAGUGGAGCAAGCCGGUCUCGAUGCGCUAAAGGGAGUCCGUAGGGAGAUUCGUAAGGCUGCUCUAGAGCAAAAUGGUGAUGGUGGUGACACUUCGGCAACAGACGAGGAAUUUUCGAAUGAUAGAUUGAAGCCGCUUAGCUCAAUCACAAAGAAGGCUGCAGCUAAACACUGA